AUGUACUUCGUGAAGCAAGAAGUGUCCGGUCGCACCGCGACCCCGCGCAUGCGUCUUCAAGUCCUGAGGGUUGUUUUGGGCCUCGAGAAAGCCCAAGCAAUUCAGCUUCUAGCUGUUCAUUUUAGUUGUGGACCCGAAACCUGUGUUGCACCGCUCAUCCAGCUGCGCUAUGCCGCCCCUUUUUACCUUCGUCUUUUGAUUAAACUUGCGACAGACCGGCAACAGGAUAUUGGACCAACGUUUGACAAAUGGCGCGAGGCUGAAACCCGCACGUGCGUCUUAGGAAUCAGAAGAAACCUUGACGACAAUAAAAGAUUAAGGCCCAGAGGACAGCUUAGCGUGGUGGUGAGACGUUCAAGUGAAACCUCCACGAUACAGUGUAUUUAUAACUACCACGGCUUUCUUGAGAGGGCAAGAAGCGGGGAUUAUAUCGAGAUGAAAAUGCAGAAUAAGAGAUUAAACUAUAUUACCUUUGUUUCCAUGCAUUCGAUUUCCUCCAUGUUGCAGAAGGUUGAGGAGCGCGUGGGCAAGCCCCCAGUCGGACGGCCCCGGAGCGGCACCGUCGGAGCCACCGGCCUCCUGCAGGGGCGGCGCGUCGGGGGAUACCACUCGGAGGGAUACUUCUCGUCCGACCAGGACGACGAGGGACCCAGGAGGACAGAGCUCAAAUCCCCUCGGUCACCUCGCACACCAGAGUUGCAGUCGCCACAAACGCCCCAGCGCAUUGUCAGAUCAACGUCACAAGACUCGGCCAAAGGAGCAAGUCUAAGGAUGCGUACCCCAAGCCCUGAUAACUCUAGUAGGGCCUCCCACGCCAUGACCCUCAACGAGUCUGCCUCCUACUUGAUUGAGAAGAUGAUGAGCUGCACCCCAGAGACACAGAGGAAACAAGUUGGCAAAACAGAAGGGCGGUCUUGCUGCAAGACAGACAAGAAACCCACUGUUGCCGAAUUUACAGGUCGUUCAAAGAGUGAAAAGGGUUGCAAGAAUUCCAAAAUGACACCAGAGGCCAGAAAGCAGAGCAACAGUGCCAAUAGCUUAAGUAGUUGUCAGACAUUUGAAGUAAAAGAAGAAACUGAGGUUAAGGAAGAAAAAGACGAUGUAAGUGAGGCUGGUACAUACACUAUUGAAAAGGAUUCACCAUCACCAGAAGUAGAACAGGCAAGAAAUGACAUUGACCGAGUCUUUGGUGUGUCAGGGCCAGAGAGUGAAGCUGAUGCCACGCCAGCUACACCUCGAGGAAACAUUGUCUCAGAGGAAUCCUGGACCACUAGCUCCGAUGCUGAGAAAUUCAAGAGUCCAAGCAGCAUCAGCCGCAGCAGUCCCAACUGGAUCCAGCAGUGGGCAGCACAGGUUGCAGAACACACUAAAUCCCCUGACAACUCUGUCAAGAACUCCUUAGGAUCUCCUCGUGGCCACAAACCCCCUCUGGCUUCUCUCUCGUCCUCCCAGGAGAGCAGCGACUCGCGGCCCAGACGGAAACUUCCCACGCUGCCCACGCACCACACGCCCUUCUCCGUGACCUCUCCCAGGGCAUCCGAUAUGUCAGAUCACGAGAGUCCCACCAAAGGCCGGGUAAGCAGACUUUUGGCUUUUGUGAAUGUGCCAUCUUUGAGGAUUCGUGCCUUUGAAGUGACUGAUAGCUUUUGUCUUCUCUUCUCUCUGGAUCAAACAUGUAGAUUGUAUUAUACAGUGUUAAUAAAUAUCUUCAGUCUUUCUUACUUCAUGUUUUGGUAUAGGUAUAAGUAGCUUGACAGGUCUUAAUGCAUUUGGAUCUGUUAUUCUUUCAAAUAACUUUUGUAUCAGUAUCCUUGUAUUUAUUGAACUUGGCUUCUUUCAGCAACAGUUGUAAUUAACCAGCUGCCAUCUUAACU